UGGCGGUGCCGGCUGCCGGGGCGGGCGGCCGGCGGGGCCGCGGUGUCCGAGAGCCCCGGGGUUAUGCGCGGCUGCAGGCGGGGCGCUGGGCCAGGGGCAGCCCGCGGCCGGGGCUCGCUGGUGUCCGGCAGGAGCAGGGGGCGCUGAUCCCCAGCAGCACCCCCCGGCCCCGGGAAGGGGUGAGCGGGCGCUCCUCGGCGGAGGAGGAAGAGGAGGAGGAGGAGGAUGAUGCUGCUGCUACUGAGGAUGCUGAGGAUGCGGCGGGCCGGAGCGGAGCGGGGCUUCCCGGGCAGCGCCUGGCUGUGCUGCUGGCUGCUGGGCUGGCAGGCGGCCGCCCUGCAGCUGCCGCCCUGCGAAGAGACAGAUUACCACUUCGAGUACACGGAGUGCGACAGCAGUGGCUCCAGAUGGAGGGUGGCUGUCCCCAACCCGUCCGUGGAGUGCUCUGGACUACCUGACCCCGUGAGAGGGAAGGAAUGCACUUUCUCCUGUGCCUCUGGUGAGUACCUGGAGAUGAAGAACCAGGUGUGCAGCAAGUGUGCAGAGGGGACCUACUCGCUGGGCAGUGGGAUCAAGUUUGAUGAGUGGGAUGAGCUGCCAGCAGGAUUCUCCAACGUGGCGACUUUCAUGGACACGGCGCUCGGCUCCUCCGAGGGCAAAGCCGACAGCUGCAACAACUCUUCAUGGACACCUCGAGGGAAUUACAUUGAGUCAAACAGGGAUGACUGUACAGUUUCUCUCAUCUACGCUGUGCACCUGAAGAAAUCCGGCUCUGUCUUCUUUGAGUACCAGUAUAUUGACAACAACAUCUUCUUUGAAUUUUUUAUACAAAAUGACCAGUGCAAAGAAAUGGAGUCCACAGCAGACAAAUGGGUGAAGCUCACAGACAACGGGGAGUGGGGCUCUCAUUCUGUAACUCUGAAAUCAGGUAGCAAUAUACUGUACUGGAGAACAACAGGGAUUCUCAUGGGCUCCAAAGUUGUAAAACCAGUUUUAGUGAAGAACAUCACAAUUGAAGGAGUUGCAUACACAUCUGAAUGCUUCGCGUGCAAGCCUGGUACCUUCAGUGACAAACCAGGUGCAUCUGGCUGCCAGGUGUGCCCACGAGACACUUACUCUGAGAAAGGGGCUAAAGAGUGCACCAAGUGUAAAGAAGAAAUGUAUUAUGCAGAGGAGGGAUCCAGUGCAUGCAUAGAGCGACCUCCAUGCACAAGCAAAGACUUUUUCCAGAUCCAUACCCCCUGUGAUAAGGAGGGAAAAACUCAGAUCAUGUACAAGUGGAUUGAACCCAAGAUCUGCAGAGAGGAUCUCCCUGAUGCAUUGACCCUACCUCCUUCUGGAGAGAGGCAGGACUGUCCACCCUGCAAUCCUGGCUUUUACAACAAUGCCUCAUCUUCCUGUACUCCCUGCCCGCCAGGCACGUUUUCGGAUGGGACACAGGAGUGCAAAGCCUGCCCUGCUGGGACUGAACCAGCUCUUGGGUUUGAGUACAAGUGGUGGAACAUCCUGCCAGGAAACAUGAAGACAUCUUGCUUUAAUGUUGGCAACUCGAAGUGUGAUGGGAUGAAUGGUUGGGAGGUGGCUGGUGAUCACAUCCAGAGUGGGGCAGGAGGCUCUGACAAUGACUAUCUUAUCUUGAGCCUGCACAUCCCAGGAUUUAAACCUCCAACAUCAGUGACGGGAGCAACUGGGUCAGAACUCGGACGGAUUACUUUUAUUUUUGAGACCAUCUGUUCAGCAGAUUGUGUGCUGUACUUUAUGGCAGAUGUUAAUCGAAAAAAUACCAAUGUGGUGGAAUCAUGGGAAAAAAGCAAAGAAAGACAAUCCUACACUCACAUCAUCUCCAAAAAUGCUUCCUUCACAUUCACCUGGGCCUUUCAGAGAAUAAAUGAGGGCCAAGAUAGCAGGCAGUUCAUCAAUGACAUGGCCAAGAUCUACUCCAUCACGGUGACCAACGCAGUGGAUGGAGUGGCCUCCUCCUGCCGGGCCUGUGCCCUGGGCUCCGAGCAGUCGGGCUCGUCCUGCGUGCCCUGCCCUCCAGGACACUACAUCGACAAGGAGACCAGCCAGUGCAAGGAGUGUCCAGCCAACACCUUCCUGUCCAUCCACCAGGUGUACGGCAGGGAGGCCUGCAUCCCGUGUGGGCCUGGCAGCAAGAGCACCAAGGACCACUCUGCCUGCUUCAGUGAUUGCCUGGUGUCCUAUGUCAAGGAUAACCAGAGCCUGAAUUACAAUUUUAGCAACCUCAGCCAGGUGGGCUCGUUGAUGAGUGGACCUAGCUUCACUUCCCGAGGGACCAAGUUCUUCCACUUCUUUAACAUCAGCCUGUGUGGGAAUGAGGGGAAGAAGAUGGCAAUCUGCACUGACAAUAUCACAGAUGUUACUCUGAAGGACAUGGUUGCAGAAUCAGAAGAUUUUUCCAAUUUCGUGGGAGCUUUUGUCUGUCAGUCCACCAUCAUCCCAUCAGACAGCAAGGGCUUCCGAACAGCCCUGGCUCUGC